CGCGUUUUCAGUUAGCUGUCAAAAGUUCAUCGUGUUGUGGUUUUGUGAGAAAUUUUGUUUUUCGUUAAUAAUUUAGCCUAAAUAAUUUGCAACUUUAUAUGAAUUUUAUCGGUGUUUGAUGCUGUUAGAGUAUAUUAUCAGCGUAGAUUGUUUGUUUCAUUCAAACAAUCAUGAAAACAAGCAAAUCUACAGAGAAUACCGAGGUGACACCUUCAAAAAAAGUACUGAAGCAAGCUCGUCUUCCAUUUAAACUCAUUAGUGAGGUAUCAACUUCGCCUACCACUCCGCAAACAAGAAAAAGAAAGCUUUCAUCUGCUGAUGCUGAAACGGCCCCAAAAAUCGGGAAGUUAAGCAAAGAGAAUGAUUUGGCAGAACAAGCAGUUGUUAUUAGUGAUGAUGAAUGUGUUGACACCGAUAAAACAUCUAACGAGGAGAAGCCUCUGAAUCCCUUUGUGAAAUUAGUAGAUACGGCAUGGAAGAAAAAGCUUCAGAGAGCCAAGAAGAAGAAAACAUCCAAAAAGUCUGCUAAAAGUAUACCAAAUGGCACUACAGAGACAGUGAAUACAAAAGAGCACCCUGAAAGCAAUAAAGAUGAAGUUGAGAAGAUGGAUGUUGAUUUAUCUGCACCCGAAGAUGAAAAUAAACAAAGUGAAGAUAGUUCGACCAAAUCAAGUAACGUUGCAGAGGUAAAGGCAACUCCGAAACCUAGAAAAUCCACACCUAAUAAAAAAGUGGCAAGAAAAACCAGAUCAUUGAAUAAAAGAGUCACAAAGUCUUCAGGUAAUAGUGAACCUGAAAAUAGUAAAUCUGAAAUUGUAGUUUUGGAAGAUUCUAACUCAUGCGACAAAUUAGUUGAAAACAAAGAACCACUUGUUGAUUCAGAAAAUAAUGGAAAAGAAGAAUGUGCUAAUCAGGAAGAAAAAACUGAAUUGAUUGAAGAAAAUAAUGAAAAAUCAAAAGAUGAAGAAAAUAUUUCACCUUCAGAGCAAAGUAAUGGAGAUAUUGAACCCUCUAAAAGUGUUGAGGCUAAAGAAAGUUCACCUGAGGUAGAAGAAGUCCAACCAAGCGCAGUCACUCCUAAAAGAAGUGCAAGGAACAAAGCAAAAACAGAAGAAAAUGAAAAGAAAUUGGACCAGUCCAGUUCCAAACUUGAUGAGUCUUCUUCCUCAAACCCUUCAACUCCCAAACAUAACAGAAGCUCAUCUGUGACAACUAGUUUAGAUGAGUCACUGAACAGUUCAAUUCCGUCUGCUAAUCUUACACCCAAACAACUUGCAAAGAAGUUGGAGUCAGCAAAGAAGAGAGAAGAAAAGGAAAAAGAAAAAUUAGAGAGGGAAAAGAAAAGACAACAGGAGAAAGAAGAACGAGCAAAACAGAGACAAGAGAAAGAGGAGCAAAAGAAGAAAGAAAGAGAAGAAAAAGAGGAAGCCAAGCGCCGGGAGAAGGAGGAAAAAGAAGAACUGAGGCGAAAGGAAAAGGAAGAAAAGGACCGACAGAAAGAGCAAGAAAAAAAACUUAGAGAGGAAAAAGAAGAGCAAAAGAAAAAAGAACGAGAAGAGAAGGAAGAGCAAAGAAAGAAAGAGAAGGAAGCAAGAGAUGAAGAGAAACGUAAAAAACAAGAGGCUUUGGAGCUAGAAAAGCAGGAACAAGAGUUGAAAAAGAAAAAGGCUGCUGAAGCAUUCGUUAACUUCUUUGUUCCAAAGCAGAAGUCAGAGAAAGAUCAGCCGUCUUUGGGUCCUGUUAGCAAAAGCAGUGUUUUAUCUAGUUUCGCCGUAAAAAGCGAUAUGAAGCUUGCACCUGCUACAAGGGCAAAUUUAAGUGAUGAAAAGAAGCAGACUUUAGACAACUUGAUGGAGGAACAGAAGUCAGAUAAUGUUUUGUAUCUGAACAGUUUGAAGGAAGGACACAAACCUUUGUCUAGUGGGAAGACAUGGCCCAUAUCUGAUAAAGAUGAUGAUGAUGUUAUGAUAGUUGAGGAUGAGUUACCUCCAUUAGAUGGAGAGGGUGAAAUAAUAACUUGUGAGCCAACAGUGCGUGAAAAGUUGAAACCGAAACUCCUUAGCUUUGAAGAAAAUAAACGGCCUCCCUACUGGGGUACCUGGAGAAAGAAGAGUGCAUCUGUUAAGCCAAGGAGACCAUUUGGUCAAGAUCAGAAACUAGAUUACGAGGUGGACAGCGACGAAGAGUGGGAGGAGGAGCCAGAUGGCGAGAGCGUGGACGGCAGCGCGGCCGGCAGCGACGACGAGCACGACGCCGACGAGUACGAGGUCGACAACGACGUGUUCGUGCCGCACGGGUACCUCAGCGACGAGGUCUGUACGACGAGGAGUGGGAGGAGGAGCCAGAUGGCGAGAGCGUGGACGGCAGCGCGGCCGGCAGCGACGACGAGCACGACGCCGACGAGUACGAGGUCGACAACGACGUGUUCGUGCCGCACGGGUACCUCAGCGACGAGGUCUGUAGCGCCUCGUACAGUGUUACUACUAGGUUACGAGGCUGACAGCGACGAGGAGUGGGAGGAGGAGCCAGAUGGCGAGAGCGUGGACGGCAGCGCGGCCGGCAGCGACGACGAGCACGACGCCGACGAGUACGAGGUCGACAACGACGUGUUCGUGCCGCACGGGUACCUCAGCGACGAGGAAGCAACAAUGGACGAUGACGAUGUUUUAUCUCUGUCACCUGAAACACAAAAAGCGAGGCUGAAGCACUUAGAAGAUGAAUUUGAAUCCGAAAUGAAGAAACCAACCGAAAAGAUAAAACCACGUUUGUAUGGCCUGCUGUGGGAAACAAGCGAUGGCGGGAAACCAGAGAAAUGCGUUGACGCUAUAUGGAACUACUUCGGAAAAUUAUCUAUGAUUAUGGGUGACCCAACACCUUUCUUCCAACCAUCAAAUGAACCAGAAGAAUCUGAGAGAAAGAAAGUAAAAAAGAAGAAAGUAGUAAAUGAAGGAGAGAAACAAAGCCCUAAAAGUGAGAAAAAAAAGAAACCUAAACCAGAAAAUAAGGAAAGCAAACCUAAGAGUGAUCUGAAAAAGAAUACUCCGGAAGUAAAGAAAAAUCAACCUGGUAUUAAUUCCUUUUUGACUAAAUUAAAAUCAACCUAAUUUAUUUAAUUUCAUAGGUACUUCAAGAUUAUUAUCAUUGGUUUGAUUGCAAUGUCUAUGAUUGCACUACCGUUUUAAAAUCAAAAUAUUAUAGGUUGAUUUUAUAGUUAUUAAUUUUUUUUUCAGACUAUGGUUAAAUAAUAUCAAUUUCGUGCAGUUUGUAAUAAUGCACAUAUUUUUAAAAACUAAUUUAUAUUCCUAAUUUUCACUGCGACAAGAUAAAAAUAAAUGCGUACUGCUAAAUAAUAUUUCAUAUUGUAAUACAUAGUAGUGAUAGAUUUUGUAUUCAUGAGAAAAUAAUAUUUUAAUGUUAAUAAUAGUGAACAUGUAAAUACCGGUUAGUGUUUUAAGACUAUUUUCUGUUGUAUUUUAUGUGAUG